CCGGUGUUGACGGAGUGUGCUCUACGGUGCGGACUUGAAAUUCGAUAGGCGGCGGAACGUGACCAUCGCGAUUUCCAAGAUAUCCGGUGCAAUAAACAGAAAAAAAAAAAGAUUUCCGUGUCAAUGGGAAGCUGCUGAUUUAUGUGCGUAGAAAUCGAUCCAGCCUGUUUUGAUAAUGGAUAACCGCUUUGGUGGAUAUGCGUGUUGCAGAUAGGGUGUACCACUCAUAAAUUAAGCUCACGAUACGGGGGUUUCCUAUCUUCAGUGGCCGUUCCGAUGUAUAAUGGAGAAGCAAUUGCCCGUUAACCGCAUGAGUGAUUGUUUGGAGUGUGGGAAUGACCCGUAGAAUCAAAUGGAAAUGCCUAGCUGAAGGAUACGUGUUCGGCCGAGUGUUCAGAUGUGAUGUAGAUAAAUGAGUUCAUAAGUUUCAAUUAGUGUUGUUAGUAGUGGAUGAGUGUUGUUCGUCAGCAAUGAGUGCUGGCCGUGGUUUGUACAAAUUGGUGCUACCGGAUUUGUCUCCGAUGGCUGUAUCCGACAACGGAACCGGAAAUGAGUCCGCCAUCAUCGGUGUUCAGUGGUUGCUCGGCGGUGAAUCUCCGGAAUGGAAUAGCAGUGCCGUGGUGUUGGCUGAUAAUGAGACCGGUUCCGGAAACCUGUCAAGUGUGCUUGGAAGUUUCGCUCCUCCAGUGUCCACGACCAUCCCUUCCUCCUCGUCGACCCUGGCCUACCUGCUGGAGGCCGGCCGGGUCCAGAUUCCCCUGUACAGUGUUAUCUUUCUGUUGGCUGUGAUAGGCAACUCGUUGGUUAUUCUCACCCUGGUGCAGAACAAGCGGAUGCGAACCAUCACCAAUCUGUUCCUGCUCAAUCUGGCUGUGUCGGACCUGUUCCUCGGAGUGUUCUGCAUGCCGUUCACCCUCGUCGGGACGCUGCUGCGGGACUUUGUCUUCGGGGAGGUCAUGUGCAAGCUGCUGCCGUAUCUGCAAGCUUCAUCAGUGGCGGUAUCGGCUUGGACGUUAGUUAUAAUCUCGGUGGAGCGCUACUACGCCAUCUGCCAUCCGUUGCGGUCCCGACGGUGGCAAACGCUUAGCCACGCGUACCGCCUGAUAGCGCUCAUCUGGUGCGGCAGUUUGUUCUUCAUGCUGCCGAUCGCCGUACUCAGCAAACUGAUACCCACCAAUCAAGGUCAUCACAAAUGUCGGGAGUUGUGGUUCGAUCGGGGCUACGAGCGGGCCUACAAUCUUUUCCUGGAUGUGAUCCUACUGGUGCUUCCGUUGCUCAUUCUGGCUGUGACGUAUUCGCUCAUCACCAGGACCCUCUGCCGGGGGAUGCACGACUUUCGGAGGUAUUCGAAGGCGUUUUCAACGGCUCAGACUGGUGGCGGUGGUGGGGAGCUGAUGACGACGAUGACAUCGGCCACCGGUAUGGCUAUUGGUCGGGAGCGAUCAUUCCGGCGACAUAACAGCAAUAAUCGAGCGACUGAUCAAUACUUGGAGGUGUACAUCCGUCCAAAUGGAAGCACCAAAACGCGCUGCCCCUUGAUCAAAUGCCACCGAACGAAGACGACGACGGGGACGGGGACACCAACAGCAACGACGACGAAUACGACAGCUUCCGCUACCGCAUCGUCAACCGAGACAAUGGAGACGACGACGACGGCGGUGGCUACUGCAACUGGCACCAAUGCUGCACCGCUGUCGGACACUCUACUGCACCACCACCACCACCACCAGGAGGGGAACGAAAUCAACAACUCGGUCGUCGUUAGCUGGAAUCAUCAACACCACCACCAGCAGCACCAGCACUAUCAGCACCCCCCGGGGGUGACCUCUUCGGUGGAUUCGUCCUCAUCUUCGCCGUUCCGAUCCACGGCAUCCAUCAAGGAGUCCAAUCGGCUGAAGAAUCCAGCUCUGAGAAAGUCCAACAUGGAGAAGAGCCUAACGAACAAAAAACGCAUCAUCAAAAUGCUGUUCGUGGUGGUGCUGGAGUUUUUCAUCUGCUGGACGCCGCUGUACGUGAUCAACACGAUGGCCCUGUUCUGGCCGAGCACCGUCUACCACAACCUGGGCUACACGGCCAUCAGCUUCUUCCAGCUGUUGGCGUACUCGUCGUCGUGCUGCAACCCCAUCACCUACUGCUUCAUGAGCGGUGGCUUCCGGAAGGCGUUCCUCAAUCUGUUCCGGUGCUUUCGGCCGUGCUCGCGAGCCUCGGGUCACGACGGCGGCGGCCUGCGGCGAAACCGUCGAAAUAGUAGCGCCAUGUGCGGACUGUACGUGGCCAGCGGUUGUGACAGUGGUGGUGGUGGUGGUGGAGGCGGUGGAGUAGGUGGGACGGCUGCCCUGCUCCGAAAGUACAGCAGCAGGCGGAAGCAGCGGCAAUCGCUGCGUACGAUGGACACCAUUUUGAGUACGGACGGGGUGGUCAGUUUGAAGCAGAGAGACACGGCGGCAGAAGCAGCAGUAGUAGUGGCGACAGCUGCUGGUAAUGCGUCGUCUGAUGGGGGUUUGCAUAAUCAUCAUCAGCAUCAUCGGUACUGUCACCACAGUCAGGGUCAAGAGCAGUAGGUAGGUGCUAAUUGUGUUUCACGGAAGGUGAUGAUACCGUUGUUAAGUCGAUAAACAUAAGCGGAAUUGUUUGCUGCAAGUGGAGCCAGUAAGGUGCCAUAUAUGUGCUUUUGAUGAUAGUCGGAGUGAUAAAUUAGUUCUUAGUUUGUUUGAACGGGGUGCUGUUUGGUCACGUACGAGAGAUGCUCAAAUUGAACGGUUGCAGAGAUUAUGAAUCAGUGUUGGUAACAAGGUGUUUGGUAAAAAAAAAAUAGACAUCCAAUUGAGUUCCUGGCAUGCUCAAAGUCGAGUCAAGUAGAAGACACUGAAGACGACCUUACAGUUGAGGUCGAAAUACCUAUCUGUCAGUUCUUAGUGGAAUACAAAGGAACAGUACUUAACACGAUUUUCUUUUUAACUUAUGCUCAAAAUGUUAAUGGGAAAAAAUAAGAAGUGAGAUGUGUGCAUACCCAAGCUCAUGGGAAAAGUAAAACGUCGGUAAACAUAUUUUCUUAAAUUCUAGUUUUUUUUAAUCCCAAGACUACGUAGCCGUUAACCAAGAGAGUCAACCAUACAAUCGUGUUUAGCAUUAAAUACUAGUUUCAGUGACCAAUAUGUGAAUGCUGCAGAGCUUCCGAAUGAUU